UUACGUUUCAUCUCUUAUUUUUAAUUACUUUUCAAAUCAAAAUUUAAAAAAUCCUGUUUCAGUGUGGUAUUUCUUAUAAACAUAGGUAAUUUUGUUCAAAUAUAAAAUAUGACUGACAACGAUAAACUUAUUUCUUGUCCAGUUUGUAAUAGAUUAUACGAAAAGCAAUCCAUAGAAAACCAUGUAAAUAAAUGUAUUUUUUUAAAUACUCUAUCGGAAAACAAUUCAAAAAGAGAUGGAUCUCACUUAGAAGAAAAUUCGCAAGUGAAAAAAGUUAAAGUUUUUGGAAGUUUAGUGAGUAGUACUUCAAAAUCUCAGGCUACAACAACACCAGUAAAACAAGUAACUAAUAAAGAACAACCAAACAAAUCAUCAGUUUUAAAUGAUACAAGAAAAAUCCCAUUAGCAGAGUCAAUGAGGCCAAACAGUCUUGAUGAUAUUGUCGGUCAAAUAGACGCAUUUGGAAAAGGCUCUAUGUUGCACUCCAUGCUUAUAAAGAAAAUAAUACCUAACAUGAUACUUUGGGGACCACCUGGAUGUGGAAAGACCUCCAUAGCAAAUGUUAUUGCCAAAAUUUGCGCAGAGCAAAGUAAUUUACGAUUUGUGAAAUACUCUGCAACUAUGUCCGGUAUCAAUGAUGUGAAAGAAGCAGUGAAGGUUGCUAAAAACGAAGCUCAAUUUAAAAGGCAAACCGUUUUGUUUAUGGAUGAAAUACAUAGAUUCAAUAAAUUGCAACAAGAUACAUUCCUUCCGCAUGUAGAAAAUGGCACGAUUACACUGAUUGGUGCAACUACAGAGAAUCCGUCUUUCAGUUUGAAUAAUGCCCUUUUGAGUCGCUGUAAGAUUAUAGUUCUCAGCAAAUUAACAGUGGACGAUGUAUGGCAGAUAUUAGAAAGGGCUGUGAUAAGGAAUGAUUUAGCCGUGGUCGUUGACAGCAUAGAAGAUAAGGUUAAUAGUGAAAUUGUUAAGGACAAAUACAUAAUAGAGAGAAAAUCAAUUCGUUGGCUUUCGGAAAUUUGUGAUGGAGACGCUCGCAUUGCACUCGGCGCGUUGGAACUUGUGCUCGAGGCGGGCCCUCCAUCCUCCCCAACAACCAGAAGCAACUUUAUUAGUUUGGAAGAUUUGAAAAAAGGAAUUAAGCGGUCACACAUACUCUACGACCGUCAAGGCGAAGAGCAUUACAACAUAGUGUCGGCGAUCCAGAAGUCUAUCCGAGCGAGCGACGACAACGCGGCGCUGUACUGGACCACGCGCGCGCUGCGCUGCGGGGAGGACCCGCUGUACGUCGCGCGCCGCCUCGUGCGCACCGCGGCCGAGGACGUCGGCUUAGGCGAUCCAAGUGCGUUAACUGAAGCAGUGGCAUGCUUGCAAGGUUGCCAGCAUAUAGGCAUGCCGGAGUGCGACGUUCUGCUAGCUCAGUGCGCGGUGAGGCUGGCCAGGGCCGACAAAAGCCACGAGGUCUAUCAUGCUAUGAAGAAAGUACAGAGAUGUCUCACCGAAGCAAAGGGACCCUUGCCAUCAGUGCCUUUGCACUUGCGUAAUGCACCCACGAGACUUAUGAAAGAUUUAGGAUAUGGCAAAGGAUAUAACACAAAACAUCGUGAUCAUUCCGGUAUCUGUUAUAUGCCAGAGGGAUUGGAAAAUGUUAAUUUUUUUAAUGAAGAUGAAGAGCUACCCUUGUAAUAAAAAAAAGAAAAAUCUAGUGUCAAUGUUUUAUUUGGGAUAAUCUCA